UCAGACAGCGUCAGAGUGUGACACAGUGACUCAGCCUGUAGGCGGCCUCUCUACCACGUCAAAAGACUUCACCAGUCUGUCUGGAGUGAAGCAGACUGCCAGCCCAUCCUCAAGUUUCACUACACGCUUGGACAUUGCACACAUACACACAGAAAAACUCAGCUCAGCUUUGUCUUUGAGCUGAAAACGCGGAAUUUCAUGCAUUGGAUUUGAGCAACCUUGGAUUCUUGCUCCAUAUGAGGAAGAAAAUCUUGAAAGCACCUUGUCUCCUCUUGAGUCUGUUCACAAGUUUGAAUCUCUGCUCUGGAAAAUUUGGGACACCGAUAACUGAUGAUGUGAGCAAGCUGUCGUUAUUGAAGCAAAAUAUCCCCUCUGAUUAUGAGAUUCCUGUUCAUUACAUUCCCAAAGAAGUGGCUGGAACGUGCUGGGUCGUGUUGAACAUCUAUCCUUUAGAGCAGAGUCUUCGGAAGCUGGCCAACAUGUUUGGUGCCAUCUCCUCCAACAAAGAAAACAUAAUUGUCUUCAUUGCGAUGCUGAAGAGUUUACGCUUCACGUUUGACCACGAGGAACUAGAAACGGCGAUGCAAGUCUUCCAGUGUCACUAUCAGGAAGGAAGCUUAAUGUCUGGUCUUUACUUUGACUACAUCAAAGAUGUUUUACAUAGUGCCGCUCAAGGAACACCCGGCUUCUCAUGCAAGCCACCACCAUGCCUGAAUCCACAACAAACACCGGGGGGUCAAAAGGAGGGUUAUGAGUACAACUGGUCGAAGAGAACUCCUUUGCUUCUGACCUUCAUUCCCAUCACAGCUUGUGUUGUUCUUAUCAUAUGGCUGGUCAAAUCUAGAAGGCGUUCACCAGUCUGCAGCACUGAAAAUAGUGAAAUCGCACCUUCUGACAUGAUCCCAACUGUGUCUCUCUCCAUCCCACUUCAAACACUCACCCACGCCGCUGACACUCAGCCAGCGGGGGAGGCAAUCCCUGAACACGAAAGUGGAUGAGGCACGAUUAAUAAAGAAGAGAGGGAAAAUCUGGGCACCAGUAAAACGACUCACUCUCCAAGUUGCUCAGUUAUUGGCAGGAGCCUGCUGGAUGAAUGAGUGUGGUCUCACACUCAGUCUUCCUCUGCUUUCAUGGACCUGAGCUAUACGAGAGAAAACUCACCUGCUGUGAAGGCGAGUGUGUUUCACGAAAUUCACUUCUAACACUUAACAUCAUCCAAAGAGAUUUUUGGAACUAAAGGAAGAACUCUCUAAAUAGUGGCUGGUCAUCUGCCAAAAUGGUCACUGAAGUACAUUAAUUGUCUCGCCUUGGCCAGUGUUAAACAGCUUUUGGCUGGCCUAUUCUGUGCUGAGUUGAUUUUUUUUUUCAUUCCUGCCACUAUGAACUGGUGCUAUUCCGGCCCCUGUUUUAAGCUGCAAUCAAAAAGUAUCGCUGGAGACUGAAAUCAUGAAAUCAUUGGAAUGAUAUCACACCAUCAGGAAGACUAUUUUAUUCCGAGAUGGGACUCCUGUCACCGCUUUGAUGGCUGUGUUGUCGUCGUUACGGAGACUGUCCUUUCACACUGAAUCCUGAAUCUCCACCUGCUUCUGUCUUCUCCUGAAGUGCAUUGAGGGUAAACCUUUAUGCAAAGAAGCCCAUUCCCAAGUAAAACAUCAAAAGUACUUCCCCCUUCACUUAAAAAUAUGUUUUUCUUCUUUUUCCCACAGUUGAAU